AACAAACGAUCGACACUGAAUAACUGAUAUAACAUUAUCCAUCACGCAAAACCCUAAUCCUCUGGUUCGCCGCCGUGAAGAGGAGGAGGAGAUGGUGUCGCUGAAGCUACAGAAGCGGCUCGCCGCUAGCGUCCUCAAGUGCGGCAGAGGCAAGGUCUGGCUCGAUCCAAAUGAAGGCAAUGAGAUCUCCAUGGCUAACUCUCGUCAAAACAUCAGGAAGUUGGUCAAGGAUGGUUUUAUCAUUAGGAAGCCAACCAAAAUUCACUCCAGAUCUCGGGCACGUCGCAUGAAAGAAGCCAAAAGGAAAGGCCGUCAUUCAGGAUAUGGUAAGCGUAAGGGUACCCGAGAGGCAAGGCUGCCAACUAAGAUUCUAUGGAUGAGAAGAAUGAGGGUGUUGAGACGUUUGCUUCGCAAGUACCGUGAAGCCAAGAAGAUUGACAAACAUAUGUACCAUGAUAUGUACAUGAAAGUCAAAGGUAAUGUUUUCAAGAACAAACGUGUGUUAAUGGAGAGCAUUCACAAAUCAAAGGCUGAAAAGGCCCGUGAGAAGACGUUAUCCGACCAGUUUGAGGCCAAACGUGCUAAGAACAAGGCUAGCAGAGAAAGGAAAUUGGCCCGAAGAGAAGAACGUUUCGCUCAGGGUCCGCAGGAAAGAGCACCUGCACCCGCCGCCCCAGUUGCAGCUCCUGCUGCACAACCUACACAGGCAACAAAGAAAUCCAAAAAAUGAAGAUAUUAAAACCGUUGAAGCUUCUUGUGUUUUUUAUUAUAUGUCUUAAUUUUAUUUUGUUAGUGAAUAUUUCUGUUAUGGAGAUUAAAACUCUUGAAUCUAUGAAUUUUGCGUAUGACCAUGUUUGUUCUGUUGUAUUAUACUAUAUUAUCAUUGUUUCUAAACAUGUAAUCAGCACAACCAUAUGUGGUUUAUCUAUUAUUACUUAAACUUCUA